AUGGGGGCAUCUGUGGAGGAAACCAAUCUCCAAGGAGUCACUGGGCAGAGCAUUAAUGUCAUUGAGACAGAGGCAGCAUCUGUACUGGAGCACUGGCUGCAGAAGAUUGAACAGGAGGCAACUAAGCUCUUUAAGCAGAAACCAGAAAACAAGACAGAAAGCAAGAAGGAAACCAAAAACGAGAUCCAAGCUUUCCCAUCUGUGGGCCAAGAUUUGGCAGCUGCAAGAUCAAAGCCAGAAUCUUGGGAAAACUUUGAAGACAGAAGGCCACCCAGGCGGAUUGUUCACGAGUCUCGCACAAAACUCACAUCAUCAUCCAGCCAAGAUCUGGCCGAGGACAGGACAAGGAUCCAGUUCAUCAGAUGGAGCCAUACCCGGGUGUAUCGUGUCACAAGUGACAACAGAAAGGAUGCUAUGGAAGAGAGAGUGGACAAAGUCAGGAAAAGUGUCUCCAGGGUCAUGUUCCAAGUUGAGGACACCCAAUCUGAACCUGAUAUCCAAAUUAAAGACUCAGAGUAG